AUGAUCCGAUUCAUCAUCGCAGUUGCAUUUGUUUUGACUCAAGUUGAAUCGAUCAUUGCGAGCAGUCGUUUUUUGAGUGCUUAUGAGAGGAAAUUGAAUGAUAUUGAGAAAAGAAUGGGCAAUGACGAGUCUUUGAUCAAGAAUGGCCGAGUGAAAAGGAUUAAGUGUGUGGAGGAAUACGUUCCAAUGGAGGAUACCAAAACUGGUUCAACAUGGCAGAAACCGCAGAAGAAAACACUACUACCUUUCAAUGAAGACGAGAAUGAUUUAGGUGGAACAGCGAUGAGCGGUGAUGCGAGAUCUAUAAAAGAACGAACUUUUUUAGAUUGGCUGAACAGAAGAAAUGAAAUUUACGUCGGCGAUGAAGAGAGAAUGGCGAACAAGCAUGGCAGAUUUAUGGAUGGUGUCAUCAAUGUGAAUGAAGAAUAUGCUGAUGAGGAGAACAAUAAUCCACUGGAUUACGAAGUGGAGAACGAAGAGUCUGAGUUAAAUAGCAAUGAUAAUGUACCUUUCGAUGAAUACAAUAAUGAACAGUUAAAUGAUUCAUUUCGUAUGAUCAGUGCUAAAGAACUCCAUGUCAAAUGCGUUUGUCAUAAGAGGCUCGAUUUGGGACCGUAUUUGACAUCUGACGGAUAA